GAACUAAAAGCUUUUAACCGGAUUCCUCUCCCAUUUUGAGAGCCCUUUCCAGGGGGAAGGGAAGGAAGUAGAUUAAAAAAACAGACAUAAAAAGGCUUUUAAAAAUGGCUGCAGCAGCAGCCGGCGACGAGACUUUCAGCUACUUGAUACCGACGCACGGCGAGAAGCACCGGCGGGCCCCCAACUGGACCGACGGCGAAAUGAAAGCCCUGCUCUACGUCUGGGAGGAGAACCACAACGACCUGAAGACCAGCAAGAGGAACGCCAAGGUUUACGAGAGGAUGUCUCAGCGCUUUUUCCAGCUGACCGGAGAACAGCGCUUCAAGGAGGAGAUCAAGAUGAAGAUCACCAACAUGUCCUUCCAGUACAGGCGACUUAAAUCCACCAUCGGAGAAAGCGGAGAAACACCAGACUGGCCCUACUAUAAAGCCAUCGAGAAGAUCCUAAGCAAGCCCCUGGAGAACAGCAGAGGUUUGGAGCUCCAGGUUGGAGCUUCCUCCCAGGCAGCAGACAACCUUCUUACCCAGCCGGAGGAGGCCGCACUGGGAUACCUGCCAGAAUACACGGGCUCCUCGGAUGAUAUGGAGAUAAAGCAAGAGGUGGACUCGCUCAGCUCAGAUAGUGAACAAACGCAAGGCUCCAGUUCCCGCCCAGUUUCCGCCAAGAGAUGCAGCGCUAAAAGUCACGUAACCAUGAAGCGGAAGAAGCUACAGCUCAUGCGAGCCAUGCUGCAACAACAAAAGCGCUCCAACCGAGCCAUCGAAGAGACCUGCAGGGAGGUCCGGCGGGCUUUACACCAACAAAACCUGGUCCAGGUCCAGUGUAUGCAGCUACAGGAACGCAUGAUGAACCUUCUGGAAAAAAUGAUCCUGCCUUCCUCUUCUUCCAUUGCCACGCAACUAAGGGGCGCUAAAGAGCUAGGAAAGCUAUGAAGUGUCCUUUUAGCGACAUAGUUUGGCAUUUCUGUAAAUAUAUAGUCUUGAAAUGUUUGAACUUUUCACUUAAGGACUUUACGUAAACAUGCAUGUGAUUGUUUGCAUUGCUGCCGAAUUAAACCAAAUAGUUUGACAUCAUGUUUUUGUGUCUUGUAUUUUUUUUUCCUUCCCUAAUGAGCUUCCGUAGACAUUUUUACGUGAUUUAGGAUCUUUACAAUACAAGGCAUUGCAAGUUAAUUUCACAAUUGUAUUUGGUUUGUUUUUAUGUUAUUUUGAGCAUUUAGUGUUGGUAUAUUUACGUUUUAUUUAUUGUUUCAUCUCAAAUUUUUACACAACUUUCAGCAUUACAUGGAAGCCCGUUUCCGUUACGGAAAGAAAAAAAAUAUCCCAAGUUAUAAUUAUGAGACGAAAAGUUUAAAUUAUGAGCUAAAAAGACCUAAUUAUGAGAUAAAGUCAUAAUUAUGACAUAAAACGUCGAAAUUACGAGAAAAAGUCAGAAUUAUGAGAUAGGGAAGUUAUAAAUAUGACGUAAAACAUCGAAAUUAUGACAUACAAACUGCGCAUGUGCAGUUUCAAGACUAACGUUACAAGAAUAAAGUCAGAAUAGAAUAGUAUAUAACAGUGGAACCUCGGUUAGCAUCCACCCCAGUUAGCAUGUUUUUUGGUUAACGUCAAAAAUGGCACCACAAUUAUGUGUGUUAUUAAUACACUGCGUGAGUCCAUCUGUAUUCUUUAUAUAUAUAUAUAUAUAUAUAUAUUCCUUGUUAGCAUCCUAUGAGCUAGCGAACAAAAUGGCAACCAGAACGAGAUGUUAUGUCGCCUGCCUAUGAUGUCAGCGGUUGACUUGCAAAAAUGUUAACACAAAAUACAUUUUUAUAGUUUAAUAAUUAUAGUUUUAUAUGUAUAAAAUAAUUCAAAAUGCACAUAAAUGAUGAAUGAAAGGGUUAAAUGAACAUUUAAGGUUUCCCUUCACUGAAGACGUGACUGUUCUCAAAGACACGAUGUGGCAGCGAGACACCACACAGACACCACCUUCCUGUUUUGUCAUGAGUUAUAUUCCUUGAAUUCCUUCUUUAUCAAAAUGCUGGCACUUGCAACUUUGUUUGGUUCCAUUUUGGGUUACAGUAUUGAAGUGAGAAACACUAUUGAAUUCAAGGAACUACUCAUGUCAAAACAGGAAGGUGGUGGUGGUUGUUGAUCUUGCUGCCACACCGUGUCUUUGGGGACGUCAAGAAUCACGUCCUAUGUGACGGUAAAAGUAACCUUAAAUGUUCAUUCAUCCCUUUCGUACAAUAUUUAUAUGCAUUUUCAAGUGUUUUUUGCAUGUCAAACUAUAAUUGUAAAACUAUAAAAAUGGGUUUUGUGUUAACAUUUUUGACUUUCUGGAAAAAAUUAAUUGGAUUUACAUUAUUUCAUAUUGGAAAAAUUGGUUCGGUUAGCGUCCGU